GUCUGAUCUGAAAGUCUGUAGGUGAGGAGAGGGUUCAUCCUCCCAUCAUUUGUCAGGGAGGGAGGCUUCAGAGGCAGACACAUCCAAGGCGCCGGUGGCACCUCCUUGGCCGAGACUCACACUUUCUUGGACUGUUGCGUUUCUUUACUUACUGCGCGAUCGUGAAAACAAUGCAGUUAGAGAACAUCCUUCCCAGCGCGAGCAUCAGUUUACCCAAGACCUUUUACAACCUGUCCUCGUCGGACAGUGCCAACAACAGCCCGAGGCCGUCGUCGCAGCUUGAAUACCAAGAGGUGGAGCGGACGGAGUCAGAGUCCAGCGCGCCGAAGAAGUACCUGAGCGGGGUGGGCAACGGGAUGCUGGGCGAAGGAGAGGGGGACACUUUCACCAAGGCCGGCCCGGACGGGAGGAAAGGCUCCCCGGUGCUGGGCGAGGACGAGCUGACGAGCGGUCGGCGCUACAACAUAGACGAACUUGGCUCCGAUAGAUACUUCAUCUCGUCGUCCCAAGCCAGCUCCGACAUGGCCAGCCCGUGCUCCCUCUUCCCUUACGCGGGCCAGACCGGAUCGGUGUACACCGGGUCCAGCAGCUCCAGGUACCCGGCAUCUCUACAUUACGGAUCCGUCUUGCCGCCCACGGGCUUCUCCUCCUCGUCCGUGUGCACCGGUCGGAGCCAGUUUAGCAGCGGAGGGUACCAGUUCAGCCAGGGCCCCGGGUGUUUGUACCCCUCCUAUCCCGGGACGGGCACCGGGAUCGGCUCCAUGUCCCUGCCGGGCUCCGCCGCCGGCGCCAGGGCGCAGGUCUACCUGUGCAACCGACCUCUAUGGCUGAAGUUCCACCGACACCAGACCGAAAUGAUCAUCACCAAGCAGGGCAGACGGAUGUUUCCAUUCCUCAGUUUCAACAUCACCGGACUCAACCUCACGGCCCAUUACAAUGUCUUUGUAGAAAUUGUUUUGGCUGACCCGAACCACUGGCGCUUUCAGGGAGGGAAGUGGGUCACUUGUGGAAAAGCAGACAAUAAUAUGCAAGGCAACAAAAUGUAUGUUCAUCCUGAAUCUCCCAACACUGGUGCUCACUGGAUGAGGCAAGAAAUCUCUUUUGGCAAGUUGAAGCUGACCAACAAUAAAGGGGCAAACAACAACAACACACAGAUGAUCGUCUUGCAGUCGCUUCAUAAAUACCAGCCGCGGUUGCACAUCGUGGAGGUGACAGAAGACGGAGUGGAGGACAUGAGCAACGAGGCCAGGACUCAAACCUUCACCUUCCCAGAGAACCAGUUUAUAGCUGUCACCGCUUAUCAGAACACAGAUAUUACACAGCUGAAGAUAGACCACAACCCCUUUGCAAAAGGCUUCCGGGAUAACUAUGACUCGAUGUACACAGCGCCAGAGAGUGACCGGCUGACUCCAUCUCCUACAGACUCCCCUCGUUCUACCCAAAUCGUGCCCGGAGCCCGCUACGCCAUGCAACCUUUCUUUCAGGACCAGUUUGUCAACAACCUGCCUCAGAACCGAUUCUACACUGGUGAACGGGCCGUUCCGCAGACCAACAGCCUCCUCUCUCCGCAGAGUGAGGACGCCAGUGCAGCCGCCUCGGCCCAGCGCUGGUUCGUCCCCCCUGUCCAGCAGCCGGGCUCCAACAAGCUGGACCUGUCAUACGAGAAUGACUAUUCCACCAGCAGCCUGCUGUCGUACGGAAUCAAACCCCUGUCCCUGCAGACGUCCCACGCCCUCAGCUACUACCCAGACUCUGCCUUUGCUUCCAUGGCUGCAGGCUGGAGCACUAGAAGCUCCUACCAGCGCAAAAUGACCACGGGCCUGCCCUGGUCCCCUCGCCCGAGCCCCCCGGCCUUCCCGGAGGACCAGCUGGGGGCCACUAAAGAAAAGCUGCCCGAGGAGAGCGCGCCGCCGCCGUCCACCUGGAUCGAGACGUCUCACUCACUGAAAUCAGUGGACUCUACUGAUUCUGGCGUGUACUCCAUGGUGUGUAAGAGGCGCAGGAUGUCCCCCGGGGGCUCCAGCACAGAGAACUCCCCAACCAUCAAGUGUGAGGACUUGACCACGGAGGAGUACAACAAGGACAACCCAAAAGGCAUGGGUUAUUAUGCAUUCUACACAAGCCCCUAAGACUGUAUUUAUUUCAGCUAAUAAUUCUUUGGUUUAUUAUUGAGUGCUCUCCAUUCCUUGUUAAUGUCUUUUUUCUCUUUUCUCUAAAGGUGCCAAAGCUUAGUGUUCCCCCAAGCAAGCUGCACAAGGUUAUUUUCCCAGGCCAGCCCCUCUCACAUACCUGAGCAGAAACAUGCAUAGUGAUUGUUGUUUUUCUUUAAAAAAAUAAAAUAAAUAAAAAAGCAUGUCCCUCAUAAUUUCUUUAUUUCUGAAACUUAUUUUAUUUUGUAAGAGCUGUGACUUUGUUUUAUUUCCCCCCUGCGUAUUUAAGUCAUUUCUGUUGUACAGUAUUCGUGCACUUUAGGAUGUGAUGUAUCUUGUACAAAUUGUCUUCAUGGAGGUGUUAUUAAAUGGAUAAUAAAACGGCUUUUCAUAAA